UCCACCGCUUAUAUACAUGCGAAAUAGGACGGAUUGAUUAGUAUACGAGUGAGAAAGUAUCACGACAAAUUACCGAGAACCAGCUACCGCGAUGUAUGGUUCCUUAACGUCGUUGGUGAUAUUUUUGGCGUUGUUCGGUGGCAAUAAUGGCGACAGAACUUGCAAUUGGGAAACAAACCUAGAACCGGGUAAAUCUUAUCCGUUGAUUAACACUGGUUAUCCGAACUGGUACAGCCCUGGUUCAACGUGUAAGUGGGUAUUCAAGAGUAAAUGGGACCAACUAGUGAACAUCCAAUGCCGUGAUGUGGCCAUGUCAUCUGACCAGUGGUGCCAAGGAGACAGACUGGAAAUUCAAGAUGGAGUUGGAACUGUAUACUCGUACUGUUCACUACAGCAAUUCCCUUACACUAGCCAGUAUUCACGAGUAACUGUUAAUUUGCGUACAUUCACAAAUCGUGGGGGUGGUCGAUUCAGUUGUACGGUUCAAGCAGUACAGCCAAGAGGCUGUGAUUGUGGAAGAAGAAAUGCCGGAAAAAUCUACGGUGGGACAGAAACCGGGGUGAACGAAUAUCCAUUCAUGGCCGCUUUAGUUGACGCUCAAACCUAUGAAAUUUUCUGCGGCGGAACAAUUAUCAACCCGAGACAAGUUCUAACCGCGGCCCAUUGCGUCAAAAACAAACGAGCGAAGACGUAUGGGGUCUUGGUCGGAGCACAUAAUCUAAAACGAGUUCAAGAUACACCAAAUGCAAAGUUCUUCUUGGCUGAGGAUUCACGCGUGCAUUGGAGCUACGAGGGACCAACCUCGGGCUUGGAUAUAGCGAUUGUUACGAUUGACGGUCAGUUCACAUUCAACCAAGUUAUCGGCCCUGUUUGCCUUCCGUUCCAAUAUCUCGAGGAAUCAUUCAGCAAUAAAAAAACGGACAUUCUUGGGUGGGGAGCUGAUUCCUCUGUAAAUGGGCCCCUUAACGUUUUGAUGAAAGCAAUGGUCACCAUAACCACACAAGCGACAUGCAGAGCGCAAUAUCCAGGCACUUCGGAUCGACAUAUUUGUACACAGGACCAACACAGAGAUUCUUGCCAAUUCGACAGUGGUGGCCCACUGACGAUCCAAUUUCCGACAUCUGGAAGAGUCGUACAAAUUGGCAUAAUGAAUAGAGGACCAGGUUGCGGUCAGGGUGAAGCUGCUCUGAACCUUCGAGUAGGCCCACUCGUUGAGUGGAUUAUAGCAAACACCCCUACAGAUUUUAGGAAUUACUGCCGAGCUGGUUAAAUAUGGAAAUUUUCCGACAAACGAGUGCUUUUCCGUUCUCAAGAUAUGAGCAAUGAUAAUUUUUUAUAGGCCAUUGAAUAUUUUAUGGCUUUAUGGCUAUGAUACAUUUUAUUGGCCUCUUAUAUAUUGGAUAUAUCGUCCUGCUACAAAUACAACGGCAUACAAAAAAAAAUGGUCAUUACUUUUAACCAGACCCAUCAAUUUCUAUGUAUUUCGAUGCGCUGAAUCUGCAUUUGGGGCCAGCUCAGCGCGUACACCCAUCAAUUUUGAGUGAAUCGCGAAAAAACUGUUGAAAAUGUGAAAAAUCGCUUUUUCGAGUAUUUCAAAUUUUAUUUUUUACCCAUGUUUUUAUCUAUUUGCGAAAAAAAAUAAAAG